GCAUCUCUCUCUCUCUCUCUCUCUCGUGUUAUCAUCACUUGAAGUUAGUGAAAGAAACCCCUGGAGAUUAGGGGUUGUUGGUUUUUUCUUUUGUCUGGGACCAAUGGGGUUAAGAAAGUACGAUCCUUUGUGGGAGAUUCAAGUUUAAAUGCUUGCUUUCGUCUUGGUUGGUUGGGCUUAUUUCGCUACUGGGUUUUGAAUAUCUGACCCUUUUCUGAACUGGGUUUCUUUCUUCUUCUUCUUCUUCUUCUCUUAUUAUUAUUAUUAUUAUUAUCUCAGAGGAUCUAACUCUCUGUUUUUGCUAACGUCUUCUGGGUUUUCAAUGGAGGAUAAUAAUGAAGUUAAUGAAGUUGACCUUACUGACUCCAAGAUGGUAGUUCCAUUGAACACUUGGGUCCUGAUCUCUAACUUCAAGCUGUCCUACAACCUCCUCCGUCGCCCUGACGGGACUUUUAACCGCCACUUGGCAGAGUUCCUUGACCGGAAAGUGGCACCCAAUGCAAAUCCAGUUGAUGGGGUUCUCUCAUUUGAUGUCAUCAUUGACAAAGGAACUAGCUUACUGACUCGAAUCUAUCAACCUGCCAGUGCUGAUGCACCACAGCCGAACAUUCUUGAUUUCCACAAGCCUGUGGGGGUUGAGGUUCUUCCUGUCAUAAUUUUCUUCCAUGGUGGAAGCUUUGCUCACUCCUCUGCAAACAGUGGCAUAUAUGACAUUCUGUGCCGCAGACUAGUUGGCAAUUGCAAGGCUGUAGUGGUCUCGGUGAACUAUCGUCGAGCACCUGAAAACCGAUUCCCAUGUGCCUAUGAUGAUGGAUGGACAGCCCUGAAGUGGGUGAACUCACGGUCCUGGCUUAAAAGUACAAAGGACUCAAAAGUUCACAUAUAUCUGGCUGGUGACAGCUCCGGUGGGAACAUUGUACACAAUGUUGCUUUGAGAGCAGCAGAAUCUGGAAUUGAGGUGUUGGGAAACAUACUGCUCAACCCAAUGUUUGGUGGGCUAGAGAGAACUGAAUCUGAGGAGCGCCUGGAUGGGAAAUACUUUGUCACUAUCCAAGACCGGGACUGGUAUUGGAGAGCUUUUCUCCCUGAAGGAGAAGAUAGGGACCAUCCUGCAUGUAAUCCAUUUGGCCCAAGGGGUAUAAGGCUUAAAGAUGUCAAGUUCCCAAAGAGCCUUGUGGUGGUGGCUGGUUUGGAUCUUGUUCAGGACUGGCAACUAGCUUAUGCUAAAGGACUUGAGAAGGCUGGCCAGGACGUCAAGCUUCUAUUUCUCGACAAGGCCACGAUUGGUUUCUACUUGUUGCCAAACAAUGACCACUUCUACACCGUAAUGAAUGAGAUAAGUAGCUUUGUGAGGUCUGAUUGUUAAUAGGAUUGACUUAAUCAACCUGCCACGUGAUAUAUAACGUAAGUUUGACAUUGUGCCCUCGCUAAUGAAGGGUUUGUUUGCAGUUUGUAAGAUUGUGUAGCUAUAGUAUUCACUGUUGUCUUUGUAAUUGUGGCACUGUGUUCCUGCUGGCUUCUGGUUCAUGGUCUGAGGAGGGCUAGGCAGAACGAAUGUAUCUUUCAGCAUCUUUUGUUCUGGUGGACAUCGGAGUUUCUGCAAAUUUGGGGUUUUGGUUCGAUAAAGCUUUGCAGACAGCAGGAUCUACUUAACUAAGUUUAGCAGUCCCACCAAUUUGGGAUUUCGCAAUUCAACUUCUGGUGGAUGAUCAAUGAGUCGAUGACUGGCUAAUGUUAUAUAUAUAGCUAAUUUGAGAACAUGGAUGGACUAGCUUAAAGCUUCCAUGGUAUUAUGAUGUUGUAUUGUUUAUAGAUAUGUUACUAGAUUAUCUAUGUAAGUGUGUAUUAGCUGUUGCUAUUGUAAUGAAUAAUCUGUUAUUUAUGUGCUAUUGAUUAAUUAUAUUAGUUUCUUA